CGCCUCUCAAUUCCUGCCGCCACCUAAUACAACCACUACAUCCCGCCAGCUUGCCUUUGUCUUUCCCUCCAUCAGAUGUACAAGGACUAUCUAUGUGUUUGCGAGUAUCUGGUCGCUCGCCUGUGCAUUCCACCCACACAUCUAUACGCCUCCGCGUUUCUUUCUACCUCGCGUAUACAGGACGGACGUGAAGAAGAAGGUGCAUCGAGGCGCUGACAUAUUUUGAUAAAGCUAUAUGUUGUUGAGGCCGCGCAAUGCCACCUCGAUGCUCUUGAGACUACCUAUCGCAAGCAUCGUCCAAACAUUGUCCGAACUUGCACGAUAUCUGAAUUGCUCACGUCCAGUACCUAGUGUCCGAGCAGUCGUCGUGAGUAUUUGUGUGUCUGACAAAAUACGAAGCAAGCUCCGGCGGUAUUAUAGAAAAGAAAGUUCUGUUGUUCAAGUCUCCGGAUCUCUUCUUCUGCGAUUAGCCCCUCGAAUUGUCAGUCCAGGGUCAUGUGCGCCACGAUUCUCAUUAAACCUCAUCCUACUACUACGACUAAACGUCGUUCUCCAAGGGGCUUGUGCCUAG